AUGGCUGUCCUGGAGGAGUUGGACCUGAAGAAGUACAGGACAUCAUUGCAGGGGCGACGAAGACUGAUCCCAGCUGUGAAGAACUGCAGGAAGGCUGAUCUUUCUGGCUGUGGACUCUCUGAUCCUCACUGUGAAGUGAUCUCCUCAGCUCUGACCUCUGACCCCUCCCAUCUGAAACAUCUGGACCUGAGUGGGAACAAGCUGGAGGAUUCCUCAGUGAAGAUUGUGUGUUCUGGACUGGAGAGUCCAAACUGUAACCUGGAGACUCUGAGGUUGAGGGACUGCAGGUUGUCAAAGAUCAGCUGUUCUUCUCUGGCCUCAGCUCUGAAGUCCAACCCCUCCCACCUGAAGGAGCUAGACCUGGAUUACAACCAUCUGCGGUCUCCAGAUGUGCAGCAGCUGGUUGCUCUCCAGCAGAGUCCAGACUGCAGCCUGCAGACUCUGAGGUCAACAACAGAGAGCAGAGUGAGAUAUAAACCAAGGAAGGUCCGAGGCUGA